GAUUUUGAAUGAACCCAAAAGACUACGUAGCAGCUCAUCACUUCUCUACCUCAAAGAGGAGAGAGUGGCCCGGCAAAACACCGCACGAAGAAAAAGAAAAGAAAAUAAAAGAAAAAAAAAAAGAUUCUGACGGGCCCUUUUUCGAUCAUUUCUGAGAGUGAGAUUCAGAAUCUGCGUAAUUUCAUAUACAUCAUCAUUCUCUGUUCUUGUUGUCUUGGAGAGAUUGAGAAUAGGAUUAACAAUCUUUGAUUUUCUUGGUUUUGGGCGGAAAGGAAGAAGAGAGGAAGGAGGGGAUGGCACAGAAUGGGCAGGGAAUAGAGCCUGCCGUUCUGGACGACAUUAUCAAUCGGUUGUUGGACUUUAGGAUCGCCAGGACGGCACGGCAGGUUCAGCUUUCGGAAACUGAGAUCCGCUCUCUCUGUAACGCUGCGCGCGAAAUUUUUCUUCAUCAGCCCAAUCUCCUGGAGCUCGAAGCCCCAAUCAAGAUCUGCGGUGACAUUCAUGGGCAAUAUGGCGAUCUUCUGAGGCUCCUAGAAUAUGGAGGAUUUCCUCCUGAGUCCAAUUAUUUGUUCUUAGGGGACUAUGUGGACCGUGGCAAACAGAGUUUAGAAACAAUAUGUCUUCUGCUUGCAUACAAAAUCAAAUACCCUGAGAACUUCUUCCUUUUAAGAGGGAACCAUGAAUGUGCUUCGAUUAAUCGGAUAUAUGGGUUCUAUGAUGAAUGUAAGCGCAGGUUUAAUGUGAGACUAUGGAAAACCUUCACUGAAUGUUUCAAUUGUCUUCCUGUGGCUGCUCUCAUCGAUGAUAAAAUACUUUGCAUGCAUGGCGGUCUUUCUCCUGAUCUAACAAAUUUAGAUCAAAUUAGGAACUUAACUCGCCCAUGUGAUGUUCCAGAUUCUGGUUUGCUUUGUGACUUACUUUGGUCAGAUCCUAGUCGAGAAAGUAAAGGGUGGGGAAUGAAUGAUAGGGGAGUUUCAUACACUUUUGGUGCCGAUAAGGUAGCAGAAUUCUUGAUGCAGCAUGACAUGGACCUUGUUUGCCGUGCACACCAGGUUGUGGAAGAUGGCUAUGAAUUUUUUGCCGAUAGGCAACUAGUAACAAUAUUUUCUGCUCCCAACUAUUGUGGUGAAUUCGAUAAUGCUGGCGCAAUGAUGAGUGUUGAUGAGAGUCUAAUGUGUUCCUUCCAGAUUCUAAAGCCAACAGAUAGGAGGACUAGGUUCUUAUGAAGUACUACAAAUUUUAUUAGAACUGGCUAAAUCACGAGCAGCUAAGGUAAAGUUGAUACCUUUUCGGGAUCCUUGUUUUCUUAUUGUUCCAGUUUUACCUGUACUGUCGCAGUUGCACGGUUUCAGCAGCUAUACUAUGCGUCUUUAUUUCUAGAUUUGGUAGCUUUUGUAAAAUCUUUUCGCCGGUAGGAUACUGCCUGAGUAUAUAUUUCAUGGUGCCAGAAUGAGGAUUGGUUAAGCUACCUGACAUUUAUCUAGGCAUUGUUACAGUGGCAUUUGGCAGUGACAGUUGCAAGGGAUAUGGAAGUUCACUUUUCAAGUUCUAUUGAAUUUUAUUUUCGAGU